CAUGUUGCUGCAGGCAAUCUGUUUGUCCAGGUUGGAAUGAGCAGCUGUUCCUAAAAUAUAUGCCUUGUGCUCUGACCUAGAACUCUCACUUUCUUUCUCUUGACCCCUUACAGACACCAGGGCAGAUUGAUUACACAGCAAGCCUGAGCAUCAAGUGUCUAGAAUGAAACAUUUGUUUGUUUGUGUUGGUACACUGCUGGCUUUAGUGAACAUCAUGGAAGCGAGGCCAAAAGCAGGAGAAGAAAAGUGUAAGUCUGGCCCGGUUGACCUUGUCUUCAUAAUUGAUGGCUCACGCAGUGUUCGGCCACACGAAUUUGAGAUGAUGCGCAAGUUUAUGAUCGACAUUAUUAAUGAGAUGGACAUCAGCCCCAAUGUCACCCGUGUGGGUGUUGUUCAGUACUCUAGUCAAGUGCAGAAUGUCUUUUCCCUGAAACAGUUAAUUACUCAUGAGGAAAAGAUCAAAGCCAUCAAAGAGAUCAUUCCAUUGGCACAGGGUACCAUGACUGGCCUGGCUAUCCGUUAUGCCAUGAAUGUGGCAUUCUCUGCUGAGGAGGGGGCUCGGCCCAAUGUGCCUCACGUAGCGCUGAUUGUCACUGAUGGGCGGCCUCAGGACCGUGUUGCUGAGGUAGCUGCGGCUGCUCGAGAGUCUGGGAUCGAGAUCUAUGCUGUGGGAGUAGCCAGAGCUGACCUGACAUCCCUGAGAGCAAUGGCAUCACCACCUUUUGAAGACCAUAUCUUCCUAGUGGAGACCUUCGAUCUCAUUCACCAGUUUGGGCUCCAGUUCCAAGACAAGCUUUGCAAAAUUGAUCUUUGCGUUGAGUCUGACCAUGGGUGUGAUCAUAUCUGUGAGAGUUCAUCUGACUCCUAUCAGUGUAUCUGCUUGCCAGGUUACACACUCCAAGAUGAUGGCAAGACCUGUAAAGGUAUUGAUUUGUGUGCGGAGGAGAAGCAUGACUGUGAGCAAAUCUGUAUCAGUUCUCCUGGGUCUUUCAACUGUGACUGCAAUACAGGCUAUGCACUCAAUGAAGAUAAGAGGACCUGCACAAUGAUUGACUAUUGUUCAUUUGGGAAUCAAAGCUGUGAUCAUGAAUGUGUGAGCGUAUUAAAGGGAUACCAUUGCCGCUGUAACGAGGGAUACACACUUCAAGCAGAUAGAAAGACCUGCCAGGCGGACAACCUGUGUAAUGUAGUACAGCAUGGCUGUCAGCACCAGUGUGUGAGUACACCAGGAUCCUAUCACUGUAUCUGCCCUGAGGGUCAUCUUCUCCAAGACAAUGGAAAGAGCUGUGGAAGCUGCAGAUCAGCCAACAUUGACCUGGUUCUCUUGAUUGAUGGCUCUAAGAGUGUGCGACCAGAAAACUUUGAGCUUGUCAAGCAGUUUGUCAACCAGGUUGUGGACCAACUAGAUAUAUCUGCUCAUGGGACACGUGUGGGUCUUGUACAGUACUCCAGCCAGGUGAGGACUGAGUUCCCACUAAGUAUGUACAAGAGCAAGGAAGAGAUCAAGGCAGCUGUGAUGAAAGUAGCCUACAUGGAGAAAGGAACCAUGACAGGGCUAGCACUAAAGCACCUGGUGCAGGAUAGCUUCUCUGAGGCUGAGGGUGCCCGUGCUGCCUUAAGAAACAUACCCCGUGUUGGGCUGGUGUUUACUGAUGGACGUUCUCAGGAUAACAUAACAGAGUGGGCCAAGAAGGCCAAGGAGGCAGGAAUUACAAUGUAUGCUGUUGGUGUGGGCAAAGCUGUAGAGGACGAGCUGAGAGAGAUUGCCUCUGAGCCACUGGAGAAACAUUUCUUCUACACCUCUGACUUCACCUCUGACUUCAACCAGAUUGCAGAGAACCUUAAACUCAAUGUCUGUCCAGAAGAGAGUCAGGGUAAAAUAGAGGUCAAGGACCCUUGUGCCUGUGAUACUCUUGUGGAGUUCCAGCAGGCUACUAUGGUCACUCUGAACCAGCUCAACAAGAAAUUGUCAGCAAUGACUACACGAUUGGAGUAUCUGGAGAAGCAGCUGCUCAAAAGGAAAUGAGAUUAUUACAUCAUCUGCAAGACUAGAACUUUCAUGGCUGAGCUCCAGUGAUGGCCCAGAUUGGCUUUAAAAUAAGUUUUACAUAACCAAAGGUCUGCUGGUAUAGAACAUAUUUACUGCAUUUACAUUAACAAUGACUGUGCAGGAUCAUACAUGCACUGGACUCCAUGCUAGAUGCAGUUUUCCUUGUACCCUGUUUA